AGCUUUAUUCAACCUUUACAGACUAAAAUAUUUUUCAUUUGCAUAGAGAGUGAUCCUCGUGUGAUACAUUUCCAUUAUUGUAAGCAGUUUCUGGCAUUUCCAAAGCGUGUGUGUCAGUGAAGCUUCAACAACGUCAGAUGUGGUUUCUGGUGUUUUUUUUUACUCAUCACAAUGCUGUUGUUGCAAGAUUCAACUUUUAGGGAAUAUGUUUUGUGGUUUUGUGUGUUUCUUGGUGGUUCUGAGCUUUAACAUGUUAAAGCCUGUUUUUGAGGUACUGACAGCUUUCUAAGAGACACAUGUUCUCUGGAUCCCUUGGACAUUGAGACCUUUGCAAGUGGAUGGGUAGAUAUGAGCCUAUUAUUAUGCUUCUGGCGGUAAUUUUACUGAUGAUAACAAACACAUGCACCUUUACCGCAGAACUGCUGCCACCACUAGCGAAACAAAUCAGAGCCGGGCUGGGGGCGGAGCAAAUGACUGGGCCCUUUAAACUCAAAGGUCAUGAUUUUGGCUGUGGCGCCCUGCAUUUGGUAACUGGCCUUUCAGUGCCAGUUUACUGACCUAUGAUGUUACAACGGUGGAGGACUGACCAGCUGUGAAUUCUGGAGAAUUUCAGAAUGGCCGGUGUGUUCUAGGGCGGGUGCUGACCUUCCCCCCACCCCCACUUGUCGGAGAACGUCCAGCCUCCCACACAGUGCUUUAAGAGGACCGGUACGGCCACUUCUAAUUUUGAGUAUUUCCGGUCAUUUGUCAGUCGAAAUGUCCAAGAUUUCUGAUAACAUAUCAGUCCGUCCUCAGGCUUCAGCCAUCCACAUCCACGCAGCGCCGCCCCUCCCGAUACGCCAGACUCGUGCUCCAUGAGGUGCCACCUUUUGCGCACAAGGCGCAUCACUGCCGUGAGGCUCGCUGCUCGUACAGCACCUUCAGUCCAGGCGCAUGAGAGCAAAUACAAAGCCAAGUUAUUCAACACCGUGCACGUUCCCUCAAAGUUAGACAGCAGCAGCAUUUCACCAACCAGUGGUUUAAUGUGCCAACAGGCAGGUAUCCAUGGAGCUGGAUAGAUGGCACCCAAACUAAAAUGUAGUGAGCAAGCACAAAAAACAAAACGUCAAAACCGGUGCUGCAGAUCACGAGAUAAAAGAGGAUAAUUCUCUCUGGAUGUGGACUCACUAAUCAUGUUUUCUACUAAUGAAAAAGAGAAAGCUGUUGAAAUACUUUCUUCGGGAGGUUUCAUUAAGAUUACUUUUACAUACAUUUAUCAUCAUGCAACAGAGAGGGGAGGGUGACGGAGCAAGUGGCAGGAUGCUGCGUAAUUUAGAGAUUACGCAUGAAUGUUUGUUUAAUCUGUUAGUUAGUUAAUUUAAUAUUAAGAAGGUAAUUUUGUGUAUUGAGAAAAAGAAACUCCAUUAAGACCAUUUCAAACCUCUGCAUGACAGCUGCAACUGCACCACUACUGGCCACAGCUCAUGAUCAGCAGCUAAAUGUUUAUUAUAAUUUGGUUUUAUGUGGAAAAAAAAUUAAUACCACUCACCAAAGUUGUUGAGGAAAACCAUCCUCCUCUCUGCACAGGAAGACUUCAAUAACUUUGUCAUAGAGCUGUUUAGUUCCAUCAGUACGUCCUUUUCUAUGGCUAUAAGGCCAAGGCUGAGCGUCGCCUCUGGCUGAGACCAACAGGCUAGCGACGGGGUUGGGUGGCCUCUCGUAAUUUUUUCUCUGAAAAAGUCUGUCUUGUAAAUGGAACUGGAAUAAUUUCUUCCUCUCCGUUAACCAUCCACCCAGUUGGCUAUCUGUUGACAAGUUAUGAUGAUGUUGGUAGACAGCUGGUAACAGGUUUUGCCCAUAAUGCACUUGGAGAUGAUUUUGGAGAUCCACUUGUAAAUGUGCAGGUCAUAUGUGAGAGUGAAAAUAAAGCAUGUCAUGCAGCACAGCGUUUUAUUCAAUAUUUUUACUCCAACUACAUCACUAAAGUCAGCCGGUCUUGUAAAGUUUUUAGCAACCAUGACUCAGUCCUGACCGGGGCAAUCUGUAUGACCCCUAAAUAAAUCUGCAUGAGCGUAAUCGUUAAGAAUGGAGCUAAUUCUCCUCUGGACACAAGUUAGGGAAGUGAACCGCCCUCCCAGCCCCCCCUGAAGCUCCACCCCUGGCUGCUAGAUUUGUCACUUGUUUGCUACAAGCCUGUGGCUGAAAGAUUUGGCCAUUCACAUCCUUACAUGUCCCAACCCCAUCUUAUCCAGAGUUAUGCCAAGAGGACAUGGAAAGGUCAACAAUUAAAUGAUUAAUGAUGUAUUCACUUUUGCUUCAACCAAUUUUUUUUUGUAAAACUGAAUAUUUUGUGAUCUAAAUUAGAUUAUUAAUCCUAAUUUCAUGUUAUGGAGUUAAACAAGUAUUCAGUAAAACCCAGCCUUGUGAAAAUUCUGGAAAUUGUUCUUUUGUUCAUUGAGCUACUGAUGAAAUUCACACUUUUUAAAUGGGGUGUAGUCAUUUAUGCUGAGCACUGUAUCUAACAGAAUUUUUUUAUCAUAUAAAAAAACAUUUGUACAGGAAAAUCAUGUAGAUUAACAAGGCUGCCCAAAUGUUUGCAUCCUACUGUUUAUAUGACAGUUAUGAAGUCGUAAUUUAGCAACAACAAGGUGAUGCCUUCAGAUCAGGUUUGUAUCACAACUGCCAAUAAAUCAUAAGUUUUCAGGCUUUUUUUUUUCAUUUAUUCUAAUGCAAUCUGUGAAGUGACUAUUUCUUCUAGCACAAGGAAUGAACAUAAGAGUAAAAGAACAACUCAAGUUUCAAGAAAUAUCUAGAAGAUCUCUAGAUCGCCUAAAUAUUAAUCUGUAACAAUUUAGAAAAUUCAAAUAAGACAUUAUGAGUGUUGUGCAUAAUGCUAGUGACACAAACACAGUGGAUAAAGAGCUUGCUGCUGUGUGUUUACCAUCUUUAACAUGAAUCAUGAGCACUUAUUAAAGAAGGGAGAAGCAGAGACGUGGUCUCACCUUCUGCUGAAUCAGUCUAGCAUUAACCUUUCACUCGCUUCCAGACUCUGAUGUUUUAAGUGCAUAAAGACGCUCUGCACGCCGCCACAGAAACUCCUUCGCCCACUGAGGUUUCUGACAAUCACUGCAGACACACUGGUGUAUAAUUUCAAUUGCACACAACUCCAAGGGCCACUUGCGUAGGUUACAGAAAAAGCUUUGUGUAAGUUGAACGCAAACGAAAUUAUUCAGUUUCGAAAGCUAAAAAAUACUUUACUCUUCAUGUUACUAAGAACAAGAACGAAGGGCUGAUGUGGAAAAGUAGAAAAAGCAGUGCACCACAUACAGACGUUUCUGCCUCCCCGUCAUCUGAAGUGCUUCCUGAUUUGGCUGCUGCUUGACAUUUUUGUUUAUUUUGUCAGGUCCAUUUUAUUUUAAAGCUGAGUACUUUUUAUUUCUACCCAGGGAAGAAUGGCAAGGUUGAAUUAUGCCCACAUGUUAGCAAGGCUCUGGUUUUUUAUUUUAUUUUUAGGUCCUUUUGAUUGAGUAAGUGGCCAGUUAUCUUUUAAAAAAUAAAAAACAUACCAAAAAAAUAAAAGAAAUAAAUAACUGGCACUGAUGCAGAAAUACACUACACUUGAUGAUAGUAAGCGGUAAAUGUUAAGUUCUGCAGGCAUAUCGUUAUGGGGAUGUGGGGUUUGAAAUUUUCACGCACACAAAAGCAUUCUUAAAGCAUUUUCUCUUUUUCUGUUUGUAUUUAUUUAAAACCUUUACAUAAAUUAUCAGCCUCAUCAGUUCGAACACUAGCACCAACACAAAAGUGUGUGUGUGUGUUUGUGUGUGUGCCCUCAGAGCGGGCUGACAGGUCUCCACUUGCUUGGACAGGUUAUUUUCCUCCCACAGCUCACUGAUUAGGUGCACUGACUGUAAAAUUGCCUAUUUUACAGAUGCUUCAAUCAUGGAAACAGAGACUGACUAUAUAUAAACUAUUGAGGGUAAUCACCGUCUCACAGGAGAGCGCGUCUGUAAACCGGAGCUUAAUAAACAAUAUAACAAAUUAACAACUCAUGGAACCAUAAAUCAGAAACAGAACGUUAUAAUGUUUUUUUCAGCUGCUUACUAGAAAUAUUAUAUAAGAAAGUCAAAAAAAUGACUUGUUCAAAUAAAUCCAUCUCCAAAUUAGAUUGAUCCUGUCUUAAAACAGCUCAAAUAUCCUGCAUUUCAAGUCAGUUUAUGCAAAUAUUAUUUCAUGAAACUUUACAUCCCCCUUUUUAUAAUACAUGGUUGUUGCAUCAGAAAUAUUAGGAAAUUCCUGCUGGGCUUGAAUUUGGGAUACCCAGAGUGGUGCAUUUUUUCCUGCUGGUUUUUUUUUUAUGACUGUAAAUAUCCAAAGAAUUUGCUGUCUUAAAAAAGAGGCAAAACCCUUGUAAAGAGUGAUAAAAUAACUGCAUGAAAUCCUGUGGAAUUUUGGUGAUUCUGUAAUUUUACUGAUUUGUCAUCGUUGGGGGAAGAAAGUUUGUGGUGUUGAUCUUCUAACAUCCCGCUCUUGUUCUGUUGGAAUCAGUUUGCAAAUCUCUCAAACACAAGUCCACUUAGAUACUGUUGUAUUUUUUAUUUACCCAUGAAAACAACAGAUCAUUAGAAUGUAUGUGGUUACAGGUGGGCUAACAGCCUCUUUGUGUUUAUUGUAUGAAAACACAUGAGCAGUCAAGCCUUAUCUCCACAGAACAUGUACACACAAUAAGACCCUGAUUUAUUAUUUUGGUUAUUUUAGCACCUGCUCAUAACUCAAGAUCAGCAGCUGUUAGGGUCUAGUUUAGCAGGUAAGAUGACACAAGUGAUUGGAUCUGCAAACACAGGCUCGGAGAGCUAGUUUAGCACCAGGAAUCAAAAUAACAAAGUCCCAAAUCAUUCGACUUAAAGUGACAGUUGCCAUGUUUACAUGCGUCAAAUUUCCCCAAUCCGAUUCUAAUCUUGGUUGAUUGGAACUCCCAAAUCUCUGUUUACAUGUAUGCACCAAUUAUUCAAUCAGAUUUAAUAGGUUGAGCAUGCACAGAUUUGAUCUAUCCAAGAAAGAAAAAAGAAAUUGUAAAAUGUCAUAAAACGAAAUGAAAAAUGUAAAAACAGAAAAUAACUUUUCUUCCUGCUUUCCUGAUUCAUUUAAUCAAUUUCUUGUUUUUAUUUUGCUCAAAGAAGUUACAUUUUCUUCAGUGAAUAAAUGCAGAUAUACGCUUUGCUGCGUUUUAUUGCUGACAAUCUUAAAAUAAGGUAGGUUCAUCCUUGUCUCUUUUGAUCAGCUGCUCCGCGAGUUUGACAUGACGGCUGAGUGCAGUGCUGCACGGAGCGGGGGUGGUGGAGGGGGUGUCAAUCAGCUGAAACUUUUGAGAAAAAUGGUUCUAACUAAAUAGCAGGAGAUGUUCAUAAUGUUAAUAAACGAACCGCAUCUCAGGUCAUCUGCAUUAACAUGUUUUUACACAGAUAGUCACCCAGAAUAUUUAACUGAGGAUGUUUUUCUACUCAACAUCAGCCUCCUUAAACUCAAACCAGGUUUUUUUAAUUGACAUUACCCGCUCUUCUUUACAAGCACAUCUCCAUCCACCUGCUGCAGAAACAGCUGCUGCGUUCACAGAAACAGGGAUGGAUCCGUGCUGCAAAUCCCGCAAUGAAUCUGCCUGUUUCCAGAAUAGACUUGAACACGCUUGUCGAAUGAUUUGUGCAAUAAUCAGAUUUUUAUUUUACUACCACAAAAUGCAAGUUCUGUAUUAGAUAGUACUGAAACGGGGACGCUUGUCAUCAAAUUUAAAAGCCGUCACUUGUUAAUUAGGCCAUCAUUUUUUUAGUCAGGCAGCCUAAAUGAUGGCGGGGAGGCUCACUAGCUGUUGCACACGUGCGCAGUGGGCAUUAUUUUACUCCAACAAUCCGAAUGGCUGUGUACAUGCACGUCAAUCGGAAUGAGGAUCGGACAAAACCACUUCUCUCAAUUGGAUUGAAAUUUCAUUCUAAUUGGGCCGAAUUGGAUCAGAACAUUCAGACUGACAUGUUUACAUGCAGAGUUUUUGAUCUGAUUGGACUUUCAAUUCGAUUAAAUGUGCGCAUGUAAACGUGGCUACUGUGUAUUUUUCCUGGCGAAGGGAGGCAGUAGACACCUAAAUCGUUGCAAGCAAGCAGUAUUUUUGUGGUGGAGUAAGACCUUACCAAUGGAUGCCCAUUAGGGUCAAAAAGCCCUGGGGAGUGCAAACUUCAGCAAAAUAACAAGCACAUCAGACUCCCUUUCAUCACUGGCAACAAGUGAAGAGGUAAACGUGUAAAACGGCAACAUUUAAUAAUGGCAAAAGUUUUGUAACCGUUUGUUACAAAUCAAUUAAUGCAUUUUGUCCUCACAGGCUCCCAUAGAAGGAAACAUGGCAUCUAAUAUGGCAUCGCCCUGAGACUUAGACCUGCUCCCAUGUAUUUUAGCCCAGAUUUUUAUGGUUAUGUGUUAUCAAGCCACCAAUAUUUUUGAACAACUGGGUAUAUUUUAAUCAUUCUCAACAACAUUUUGAUGGAUAUUUCCAGAAAUUACUGGUAUAAAGUACACAUUGUCUCUUCAAAUAGGCUUAAACAGAAAUAUUAUUAAGGAAAAUGUCCUCAUUUCAGCGACCCAUACUCUCUUUGGAUUGUGUUUCAGACGUGUAAAAGUUAAGACAUUUAUGAAGUAAAGCAUAAAUGUUAGUGAAGUUGCACAAUCCCGUUAAAUGUUCUCCUGAGCACUCUGAAAGAGAAAAGCCACACUUCUAAAUGCACACUUUGAGUCCAAAUGUCAGUAUACAAAUGGUCUCAAAUCUCUGAGCUGAGUAUGGUACUAAUGCUGUUAGCUUCUCUGUUAAAACAGCCAGCUGUGACAAACUGCAACAAUAUGGCUGCUCACAAACAACUUUUACAUUAAUCAUUAUGCAUAUAGUGAACCCCCCACCCAUUCACCGGCGUGUACCUAUUAGAGUUUGUGUCUGUAGCUCAGUGGAGCAGUAAUGGGAACAAAUCACUGCGGAUGGGUUGCCAACAACGUUUUGUGUUUCUGUCACUCUGUGUUUGUGCUACAGUAUUAUUACCCACAGUGUGUACAUGUUUGUGUCUGUGAUGUGGAAGAGUAAGCUUUGGUGUUUUGUUUAAUUUGAUCAUUACAUCACCAAUACAGCAGAAAGCUCCCACAUGUGACUAGUUUUUACCUUUGGGGUGAUGAUGCCUCAGGAGUAACCAGUGGGUUGCCGGUUAGAAAACCUGCUCCGUACGUCUUGGUCAUUGUGUCUUUUGGCAAGACACUUCACCAUCCGUGCGUGCUGCUGGUGGUCAGAAGGACGGAUGGUGCUGAUUGUGCUGUAGCUACAGUGUAGUUUAACACCAUUAGUGUGUGAAUGUGUGUGUAAAUAGAUGAAUGAGUGGUGUGUUGGUCGCGAGCUUUGGGUAGUGACCGAAAGAAUGAGAUCGAGGAUACAAGCGGCAAUGAAAGAGGAAUGAGUUUUCCUCACAGGGUGUCUGGGUUCUCUUGUAGAGAUAGGGUGAGAAGCUCAAUCAUCCGGCAGGGCUCGGGAGUGGAUCCGCUGCUCCUCCUCAUCGAGAGGUGCCAGUUAAGGUGCUUCAGGCAUAGGAUUAGGGCUGCAACAAACGGUUAUUUGGAUCAUCGAUUAAUCAGAUGGGCUCCGAUUAAACGGGAGCAUUUAAAACCUCUGAGGAAAUUUUUUUUCUCUCCUUCGUUUAAUUUAACAACAAAACGUGAUUAGAAGGCAGUUCAGUAGCAUGCAAAAAAGCAUGCUCUCACCUAAAUAUAUCCAUAAUUAAACUAUGAUCAGUAAAAUGUGAUGCAUUUCAUUAACAUGUUCAGUAGUAAGCUACAGGAAAUGCUAAUAAUGUUUCAUUUUUACUGCAAAAAGUUUUAUGGUGACAUAUUUAUUAUGUACGGAUUAGCAAUAAUCCAAUUUAAAUUAUGUUCACAGAUAGACGUGUUUGCAGCAGUUCUGCUCCAUAGCGCUACAGACAGCUAAGAAUAAACAGGAUGGUGAGGACCGUUCUUCCGCUUGUCGAGUUUAGAUGUUCUUAGUAUCACGACCAUAUCGUGUUUUUUCGGAUCCCCACUUGAUCAUGAGUCUGUUACCCGCUAGCAUCAGCUCAUCUACCCGUAUUUGCGAUUUUGAUCCCAAACCGUUUUUGCCUUUGUGUCUUUGCUGGUUUCUGUUUUCCUCCACACUACCUAGAUUAGCACAUUGUGCGUCAUUGAGAAAUGUUUUGUUCUAAGUGUGGUCAUCAUCAAAACACCUGCUUUCUCUCGUUUUGAUCUGCCUCGGUCUGCUCUGUUGCCUCCUACACAAGCUGCACACAUUGACUGUUAAAAAAGUUGCGCUAUAUGAAAAAAAGUUGCACAACACAACGAUGACGAAAUGCAUUGGCAAUGCAUUUCGUCAUCGAUUUUUAUCGAUUUGUUGUUGCAGCCGUAGUUAAGGUACCUCCUGGAUGUCUUCCUGGUGAAGUUUUCUGGGCAUGUCCAUCUGGAAGGAGACUUAAAGACGACCCAGGGCCCAGGCCCAGGCCUUGGGAUUACCCCAUAGUAGCUGGCCUAAGUGACUGGGGAGAGGGAAGUCUGGGCCUCCCUGCUUAGGCUACUGCCCCGUGACCCGACUGUGGAUGAAAACGGUUGGAAGUAUAAGUGUACCUAUUUAUUAUUUUUUUAUAUAAAUAUGGUAAACAUUUAGUGACGAGCCAGUAAACCAAGUCAUGAAUCAGCGCAAUUGGUGGUUAGCUUGUGGUUCAAAAGACCGAUGGUCCAUCCAUGUCUAACAAAUCACCUCUGCCUACAGAGCAGAGAAAUUCCACACAGGGAUUCAGAAAUAGAAAAGAAAUGUUUUCUUACCCGUGAAGUACAAACCAAAUAGGAGAUGGUGUUUACCCCUAAGGGCAGGGAUGAUGGUAAUAAUGUGUCUCUGUAUGAAUGUAAAAUGGUUUGUCAGUAUUGUGAAAAACUUCUUUCUGUAGUUUGAAUUUGUGUGUGUUUGUGUAAGAGUAAAACCUUCAGAUUAGAAAAAGUCCAAGUGUGUGAGUCUCCAACAAGCUGUGUCCGAUGUCUCGUGACUCUGCAGGAGAAACACCUUAACGCUGAGCUGCAUACAAAAUCAUGGUUCACCGGUUAGCUCCAUAUUACCGUCACAGGUACCAAGAGUCCUGAACUCCUCCACCUGGGGUAAAGACUUACUUCUAACCUGAAGGGAAUUUUGUCCUCAAAUAUGGAGAUGCUAACUUUUUAUUACUUUUUAUUUAAUUGACGUGGUGAUCAUGCAUUGUAUUAUUUAAAAAAAAACUCUUCUUGACCAAUCAUAUCUAAAUCUGAGGAUUAACAAGACCCUUUUUAGCAGGAAACAUUUCUACCAAUGAAAAAUCAAAAAUGUUUCCUGCCUAAUCCCUUGCACAUUGGGAUGUGUUAAAUCUUCUCUGGACUAUGGUAAAUUUUGGAGGGAUUUUCACAGCUCACACCAGGGUGUGAUUAUUAUAUAGAUUUUUGGAUUAUCUUUCAGAUUCAGUGAAAAGCUGAGGAAGGGAUGAAAAGAGUUGUUGUGUUUAGUAGCUUACAUCGUCUAGCCAUGCUGGCCUAGAUCUGUUUAUUUUAAAUAACUUAUUUCCAACAAAAACCAUAUUGAUUUGUGUUUAUUUUUUACUGUGUUCUUGUGCUUUUUAUGAUAUAUAAUAAUUUAUAUAAUCUGAGAAUCGACUCACCACCUCAUGUGCAUCCUUCAGGACGGGCUAUGAACCACAGACUGAGAAUGUGAUGAUUGCUGCCCCAAGUGUGUCUGGCGUGUCAUAUGCAGGAUAGAAAAAGUCACGACACAGAUGACGUGUGGCUGUCAGUCAAGUUGCAUCUAUAUAUUUUUGUUUGUCAGAUGGUAUGAUCUGGCAAUGACUGUGAAACGAGACUGUAAAGCUCAAGUGAGGAAAAGAAGUGAAAAAGGUUAAUGGAGAAGAGGGAGCGGAAGGUUAACAAGUCUAGUCAGAACAAAGAUGUUUGUGUGGGCAUUAAUAACUGAAAUCUCUCUGUUUUCACAGUAACUAGAGGAAACUGUGUUUCUGUGUCAGUAGUGAUAAAUAAGAACUUUAAUUGUAAAGCCUGAUUCUUUUCAGUAUUAAUGCAAGACUGGCGUCAUGUGCUAAUGAGGUGUGUUCUAUCAGAGCUGCACAACCUCCACAUUUUAUUCAAGAUGUUCUAUGGUGAAUAUUCAUUUUGCUCCAAAGAAUACAGUUUGAUCACAUGCAUUAUGGAGUGAUUGCAUUAUGCCUUCCCAUAAAAGGUUCCAUUAUUUAUAAAUUAAAAUAAAAACCUGUCUUCCAUUUAUGUGAUUUAAUGGACCGAAGGCUUAUUUGGGGGAUUUAGCUGAAGAGAAUAAUGGGAAGGAAGACAGAGAGUGCAGAGAAGAAAAGAUUGAACCCCUCAGAGAAUCCCCAUACAAUGCGUUCUUAUCUUUUCAAUGUCACUUUCAGUUUCCUUUUGGAAAAUUCCAGACCCUAUGCUUCUGCCAAAACUGGUCUCAGUGUGCACAGUAAGGCCCGGUUCACAUGGCAAGGUUUUUAAAAACACGAGACCCCACACAUGGCGAUCGUAAAAAUCACAUAAAUAACACUUUUGGUCUUUAUCCAGGUCUGUGUAAGCAUCACCAAACGUAGUACACAGCAAUUAGCUGCAGCUACUGUAUGUUGGAUGGGUGCGUUUCCACCAGCCGCAAAGCGGAAAAGUCCCUGAAUCGUAGGGACGCGUUGCUCGCUGAAUUUUCCUAGUUUUUUUUUUUUUUUUUUACCUCUCUGCUUCCAGAAUGUGUCAGGCUCAGCCGUUUAGAUGGAGCCAGACAGGAAGUCAAACAUGAAAAGUAUGUAAAAUGUCCAAAAACAUUCGAAACAAAAGGCAUGUGUAGGUUUUCAGUUGCUUAAAGGUGGGGUUCAUUGAAAAAACAUGUUUUAUUGAUUAUUUUUUAUUACAAUCGAUCAUUCUGAGUUUUUCAUGCAGGCUGAACAUGAAAAUAGUCUGCUACAUGUAACUCCUGCAUUAGUUUCUGAUGGAAAAUAGACGGUGAAACUGGAUUUCAAGAGCCUGACAGAUCUACUUCACACUAUGGCACCCAUCUUAACUCGCGACGGGGAAGGCUGUUAUUGGUUUUGCAUCCAGGAAACGACAGAGAACGUCUCGGGUAGUAGAAGCUAACCAGUGGCAGUAGCAGCUCCACCAUAUGACAGAAAUCCUCCAGGUUUGUGGUAUUUGUGGAGAUAUAACAUCAAAUUGCUGAGCAAACUGACUCAUUGAAAUCCAGUCAGAGGUGAGAUGUCCAAAAAUCAGGAAAUAAGACUCCAAAACCUGCCGUCUGAAGCUCAGCUGAGAUCUGCUAAUCUUCUAGUUCCUGGAAAUGGUGCACCAGGUUGCCCCUCAAGUACAACUUACAAGGCAUCUCUGAUUUUGAUUAUAGCAGUUCAGACAUCCUUUGAAGCAGAUCGGAGUGCUCUUAACACACCACACAGGGCUUGAAUAGUUGAUAAGAUCUUAUUUUUUUCAGACACGUUCUUAGGUUUAUUGGAAGGGGAGAAUCAGGACAAAAAUUGGCAUAAUUAUCUUGCCAUGUGAGCAAGAACUAGCCCUGAGAAAACCGUGGUCAUUACUCAUUUGGUAACAUGCUUUUGAAUCUAGACGAUCAUGGUUUUCAUUUGUUAGUUAGCUUGCUUAGAGUGAUUUUAUUUGUACCUUUUUUGGCAAUGUUUAUUAUAAACCUUGACAACAACUUGGAAUUAAGGCUGGGCGAUAUGGCCUAAAAUCAAUAUUACGAUAUAUUGAGGAUUUCACCUGAAUAACCAUAAAUGGACGAUAACUACAGGUGCGUGCAGAAACAAAAGUUGUCCGCUAGAAGGACGUAAUUUCACAUUUUUAUGUGACUUAAGGUGGUACAGCUUUUUAAAGAGACAUGAACAUUCCCAACCUACACACAUCUUUUCAUUUUUUUAUUAUCAAUUUUAUUGACACGGGAAAAAAAGAGUCUAAAAUUUCUGUAACGAUUGCCCUUAUUGCCCAGCCCUAAUUGGAAUUCUUCUUUGUGUAAUGAUUUAAAUUACAUGUUAUUUAAUAAGCCAUAAGGCGUAGGAUUCCAUAGUAAAUAUGAAAUCAACCUUAUGGAUCUGUGAGGUUAUUUUAAACCAGAAGAUUGGAACUUUUUAUUGCAGGGAUUAGGUAACAGCUUCAUAUUCACUCAGAGACAACAGAAGAGAGAGAGAGUCAAGUUUAAAAGUUUAAAAAUGUAUUACUAAUCAAAUUAAACUAGACUAACUUUAAACACUAAAUGUAUGGUGUGACUAAGGUGGGUGAGACGGUGAAUGGGGUGAGGUGUAAUGUUGCUCAGAACCAGCAAAUCUGAAGAAACGAUUAGUUCUGAUGGGAACUGAAGGUGAUGUCUUCGCAUUAAGCUUUGAUUAGGAGAUUCAUAAACACAUUCGAUGCCAUUUGCCGGCCUACAUCCCCUUAGCGGAAGUCCCCGUUAGAUCAGGAAUGUUGAGGUCCAGCUUGACCUUUUCAGGAACCGAAGCCGGUAGGAAAGCAGCGGUUGCCGACCAGACCAGUCUGUGAGAUACUCCCGGGUCACGACAAUUUUGUUGGCGUCUGGUGAGACCCACCUGGGUCAUGAUGGUUCAGCUUUUAUUCUGAAAGGAACCGUUGCUUGGUUGGUAAAAUGCAACAGAUUUUAUCCAGCUUGUCUUUGGUUCUUUCGGUUGAAGAGGAAAGUUACGAAUUGGCCACUUUGACAAUUCUCUAGAACGCUUUGAACUGGCGUUAGAGAUGACGUGGGCAUAGUUUUAUCCUUUGGAUGUUUCGGUUUAUGGUCGAAUGAAAAGUUGACAGAUUGUACCAAACACCAUCAAAACCACGCCUCCGUCAGAUCUGGCAGAUUCUGAUUGGAUCAGUGAAAGUAAUGUGUCAUGUCUUUUAAUACUACAGGAAAUCUGUCCUGUUGGAACAUUUUAAGUCAUAGUACCUUUAUAUUCUAUAGGAUUAUAAUAAAGUAAUUAAUAUUUGGAUUUCACAGAUUGGUCACAUCUUAUUUAUUGACUAUCACUUUGCGUGAUUAGCUUAUUAAAAUAGAGUUCUUUGAUUAACUAAAAGGAGAGAGUCCUUUCUUCAUUCUUCUGUUGAGCUGAAAAGAAGCAGGUUAGAAGCAAAUGCAUGAGACCUUAAGGCCAUAUUUCAUGCAGACUAGUCUUGUCAGAGGAGAUGGGGAAACAGUCAUUUCAUUCUGUUACAUUUGGUAAUGUUUUGCAAUUCAUUCAGUCCUUUACCUGGAUUGAGAAGUUUGUAUUUUUGGUCAAAAGUUAAACUGUAACGUCUGGAUUACUCCAUGGAAAUUCAUUGCCACCCAGCCUGAUGAUAUUUUUUAAGAACUUUUUUUUGGAUUUAACUAGUGAGUGGAUUUCUGGCUCAAGUGGAUUUCAAAUACCAUUGCAUUUUGUUUACACAACAAGGUAAAUGAAGCAGUAAUGCCAGUGAUGUUUUACCAGUCUUAUGUGAAAAUGAGGUCAAAUCUUUAGAUUUGUUGAAUCCUAGUCUUUGCUUUGACAGAUCUAUGAUGUCCCAAGUUAUGUUGUAUUACUUAAAAACCUAUGUGGAUCUUCUAGAACUCAGAAUUUAACUAAUUCUGAUUAUUGGAUUGAGUUCUGAGAACCUCUGUAACAUAAAACAAAAUGUAUUUCUUCUAGCAUUAUAUGCCAGGCUUUCUCAAUUUCUUUAUUAUAUUUUGGUAUUGGAAAAGACGGUUUAUAGGACUUAGCUUUUCCUGCAACCUAUACGAACCCUAUCAGAGGUUUAUGUGGCUUUACAACAGCUCCACAGCAUGGCUCAUUAACCAGAUAAUGUGAGGAGAGGGUGACCCUGCUAACUCACUCUCAGCUCUGAUUCCCCUGGGUACCACAUCUGCCCUGGCCUUGCAGCGAGGGAACCAUUGCUGGGAAAUAAUGUGUCCAAAAUGUUAUAGUGUGUCAAAAGGACCAUAAAUGCUAAACAUUUCUAUAUAAAUUCGAUUAUAUGGUUUAAAAUCUGAUAUAUGUAAUGGCUCAUGUUGUGAAGAUGUUUGUGUCGCAUCCAAAUGGAUUCAAUAAAACUAUAUUGGGAUGAAAAUGGGCAUUUUGACGACACAUUUUCAGACAUGCACAACGGUUGUCUAGAUGUGUUGAUAAAUGUGUUGCGUUGGCAGGCUGAGAUGGCUGAAUGAUGAAUGAUGACUGAACCCAUAUGUACACACUCCUACAGGUAUUCAGAUGAUAUGUGUGGGCUGCAAUUAUGUAGGUGGCUGUUCAUCAUUUCCACAUUGUUCUGUUGGCUCGUCUAACAAGGAUUCACUUUGUAUGUUUGUGUGUCUCAGAGGCGAUUUUCCAGACUCAUGGUGCAUUCUUUUUGCUCUCAACAACUAAUGUUUAUGCCUUUUUGUUCCAAAAAUACUACAUUUAUCAGAAUGCUAAAGGGAACUGGACAAUUGUUUAUGUUUUCCAAAUAAUAUUAGUAAUUCUCUAGUUAUUUGUAGCAGGUGGGAGGUUCGUUAAACAGGUUAUGUCUGUGCAUCUUGUUCUAGUUUUGUUUUGUAGAUCCAGAUUCACAGUUUUAUUACUUUGACUACAGACUAUAGGAAGUCAUAGUCACUUCCGCAUCAUGGGUCCACGGAAAAACGAAAAAAUGAAUACAAGUCAACCGGGCUAAAAACGCUAUUUUCUAAUCCGCUUUGCCUUACGCCCUGGAUCGCACACAUAUGUUGUACUGAAAUUUAAAUGAAAAGUAAUGAUGGGUGUUUCGACCACGCCAGUCACGUACUUUGAGAUUUAUUAGCUUGUAAAAGUUCGUAAUUAGCAUGACUACAAACUUGAAAUCGGCACGUCUCAUAUGUGACGUCACCACAUAAUCUCCUCUCCCCUAAUGUAGCUGCUACUUACCAAAUGACCAGAUUUAUGGUGGUUCUUUCCUCCUGUGGGAAGUUUGCUGAACUUACAGCCAUUUUACCUCAGUUUUCUCCAUGUCUGGUUCGAUGAUGUCACUUUCGUGAAACGCAGUUGGACUUAUUUUCACACAAAACCUACAAUAUUAUUCCCCCCGUUCAAAAAUAAGCACGUUCUUGGUAUCAAAAUGCUUCUUUCAAAUUUGUUACACAGUGAAGUGUAGUGAGGACAAAAGAGACAUGAUGACUUGGUUGAUGAACAAGGGAAACCAGUUUAAUUUCCUCUGGUCAAAAAAAAAAAACAGAAAAUCCAGCCGUCUUCAAAAUGGCCACCCAUCCAUCCCUCCUCAGUCAAUUUCAGAGAGAGAUUAAACUGGUUUUCCUUGUUCAUCAACCAAGUCAUCAUGUCGCUUUUGUCCUCACUACACUUCACUGUGUAACAGUGGUGUCAGAAGUGGGAUAAGAAAUGAGAGGAUGUGGAAGAACCUGUGGGACAAGGAAAAGCCCUCUUGAUUACAUGGAGGAAACAGAAGGUCGAACAAUGGAGCUAGAUACACCUCCUGAAGGAUCCACAGGUGUUGACGAGGAUUUUGAACCAGUGGUACGGCCUAAGCAGACUACAGUUGGUACUGUGAGUAAAGAACUUUCUGAACUUGACAUAUUUGAUGAAAUGAGAGAGUUAAUCAGAAUCAGAAUAGGUUUAUUGCCAUUGUCAGUGAACCAACAAUUCACAAACUAGGAACUUGCUUCAGUACUAAUGUGCUACAUAUAACAUGAAUAAUAAGAUUAAAAACAGAAUAAAAUAGAAUAAAAAAACUAGAAUAAAACUUUCAGCGAUAAAAAAUGGCAGGUAAUGGUAACAUGGCCGAUGCGGCGUUCAAAGCGAACUGAAGCCAUACUGUUUGAGCAGAUUAAACAGUUGAGCAGUACCAUACCAAAGCUGCAGCAUGAGUUAUAUUCUGAACUUUCUGAGCCUUAUGUCCAGACUGAUACUUCUACAACAGCAGCUUUUCCAAAGCAAGAGGUCCAAAUGCCUCAGGCGUCAGAAGGAGAGCCACCUCAAGGACACCCAGCUAAUCCUCAUUCUCCUUUACGACUGUCUGCACCACCUCAGCUGCAGCUGGCACAAAGCGUUCCAGCACAAAGGGUUGGCAGGAUCCAUGGAGGUGAACCUAGAUUACCUGACUUCAAGGAAGGUGAGGAUCCUGAGAGCUCCUUUGUACGAUUUGAGCGCAUGGCUAAGACAUGGGGAUGGCUACCAGCUGAAUGGGCUGUUAGAGUGGUCACAUUGUUGACUGGAAAAGCUCUUGAGGCUUAUGCUGGUAUGGAUGAAGAUCAGUCUGACUCAUAUCAUGCUAUUAAAGCUGCUGUGUUGUCUAAGUUCAACGUGACAGAAGAGACUUACAGGUACCGGUUCCGAAGCACCAGUGUACCCGUGGGAGAGACUGUACGGGAAACCUACAAUCGCAUAAAGGGACUCUACAAGCGAUGGAUGCGGCCGGACAGUCGGAGUAAGGAGGAGAUUGGAGAAACUAUCAUCUUGGAGCAGUAUCUGCGUGUACUUCAGCCAGACGUCCGCACCUGGGUGAAGGAGAACAAUCCCAGGACAGGAGAGGAAGCAGCAAAUCUGGCUGAACGUUACCUAGCUGCUCACCAGGAACCAGCAAAGUCAAGGACUGCUGUGGGACGACCAAGGUUUGGGGAGGUAAAACCUCCAGGUAUACCUAGUGUUGAAAGCUUGGGAAUUAAAGGUGGUAAAAAGCAAAUUUAUUCCAGUUUGAAGUUUAACCUAAUCUGUUAUCACUGUCAGCAGCCUGGUCACAAAGCUUCUUUGUGUCCACUAAGAAAACCUAAAAUGGUAGAGCUAUGUGUGGUACCUGCCAAAGAACAUGGUCAGGAACUGUCUGAUAGUUUGAUUCCACAUAAGCAUGUGGUGGAGGUAAAAGUAAAUGGCAGAGCAUUAAAGGCUCUAGCAGACACUGGUAGUUCACAAACGUUGGUAAAAUCUUCUAUGUUGAACAAUGUACUGCCUGACUUUAACAGACCUGUAAACAUUACCUGUGUUCAUGGAUGUCAGAAAGAUUAUCCAACUGCAGAUGUUACCAUAGAAGUAGAGGGCCAAGCCUUUAUGUUAACUGUUGGGGUUUUCAAUCAGUUAGCAUAGUGAUGUAGUUCUUGGGCAAGACUUGCCAAUCUUAGACAGCUUGGUUCAACAAAACUCUGUGGCAUUAUCUUGUGCAGUCGUUACUAGAUCUAUGAAAAAAGGUUUAGAACCACUCCCAGAUGCAGAGGACAAUUUGUAUGAAGGUGGGAGUAAAACCAGGAAAGCAAAACGACAAAGAAGACAGGAGAAAAACAAGUACAAGUGUAUGUCAAAACUUGCUGAACCUGUUUUGCCUAUCACCCCACCUAUUGAUCGUCGGUGGCAGAUCCCCAAUAACUUUAAAGAGAGCCAAGAAAAUGAUCCAUCUUUAAAACCUCUUUUACUCAAAGCACAUGAAGUUGAU